AAAAAAACUUUUUCAGUUUCUAGUUUUAGUAUUGAUUCUCAGUCCUGAUAUAUUACAAUGUUUUCAUCUGUCAUCAAAAGGACACACACGGCGAAUAGAUGUCGUCCACAAGGAAAAAAGUAGCCAUAGCAAUAGCAGAAGUCAUGGUGUCAAAAAUGCUUGUAAACCACACCCCCACACUCACAGGAAGCCCUCUGUGUGCUAAAAACCAUAGUACAGCAGCGACACAGAGAGAGCAAGACAGAUAGAGAUAUAGAGGGAACGCGGUGAGAUUUCAAAACAGGAAAUAACAUUAGAUAACAAGAAAAAGACAGUAGAAAAUGAAGAGGCAGAACAAGAGAUAAUGUGAGAGAAAAGAGUGAGAAAGAGAGAGGUUGGGACAGAGAAAUUGAAUAGUAUCUAAGGGGGAGGAGGGAGGGGAUGGCAUGUGUGUUGGCUGAUGCUUUAUCCCUCUGCUUUUCGAUGCGACACAUUUUCAGGUGUGAAGACAAAGCACACGUGGAGGGACCUGGGUGCUCGCUGCCAACAUUUUGGGUGCUGAUACACGAGGCCAGACGUCGUGUCUGAGUGGAAAAGCACUAACGCGCCAACAACCCACAGACAGAUGAAUCACAGUGGAUGAAAUAAUGCGUUUCCGUUGGCAAGAUCAGAGGACUUAAACUGCUGAAUCCUAAGAUACCUGCUUUCACAUAUCCCAUUAUGCACUGGGCAAGAGAUUGGGGAUUGGGAUUGAAUGCUGUCUGAAAAAUCAACUGUUUAUCAGCGCUCGACACGCUUUAUCUUCACUAAAAGAAGAAUGGACUCCUCUUCGCCAUAAUGGACAGCAUGGAUGCUCAAACACAUCCGUCCCCAGAUUACAUGCAGCUUUCCUGAUGGUUGGUUCCUGAUGUUGGUUCACAAGGCAGCUUGUUUUAACAGUUAAUGGUAAACAGCCCUUGGCUUAAGAUGAACUUUGCCAACCACAGCUGUAAAAGCAGUGAAGAUGUCCGCACGUACCAGCACCAUGUGUAUGCAGUGGUGUACAGUGUGAUCUUAGCACCAGGCCUGCUGGGUAACGUGCUGGCGAUUUGGGUGUUCAGGGCUUAUAUCAGAGAAACCAAGAAGGCUGUGGUGUUCAUGAUGAAUCUGGCUGUGGCCGACCUGAUGCAGGUGCUCUCUCUGCCUCUGCGGAUCUACUAUUACCUGAACAACACCUGGCCCUUUGGUCAUCCUCUCUGCAUGAUCUGCUUCUAUCUUAAGUAUGUCAACAUGUACGCCUCCAUCUACUUCCUGGUGUGUGUCAGCGUGCGUCGCUGUGAGCUCAUCAUGUGCCCGCUGAAGUACAACUCAACCAGGCGAAGAAGAGACGUGUUUAUAUGUGCCCUAGGCUGGCUGUUAGUCGGCCUGGGCUGCCUGCCCUUCCCUCUGCUGAGGAACCCCAGCAGCGAACUAAACUCUGAUUCAAGUUCCCACACCUCAGAGGCCAGUGCCACCCUCACCGGACCUAACUUGGUGUGUUUCUCAGAGCUGCCCAUGAGGUCUGUCAGUAUUCCUGCAGCCUGGGCCCUCCUGAUCAUAGCGGAGCUGUUGGGCUUCAUCAUCCCCCUCAUCCUGGUAUUAGCCUGCACCUGUCUGACUGCCGCGAGCCUUCGGGAGCCGACAGAGGGGGCGAUUCAUGACCGAGGGGAGAAGCGGAGGGCGUUAAGGAUGGUGCUAAGCUGUGCUGUGGUCUUCCUAGUGUGCUUUGCUCCGUACCAUAUCACUAUGCCCCUGGACUUCCUGGUUAAAGCCAAUGCCUUAAGCAGCUGCGCCUUCAGGGACCUAAUUCUGAGAUGUCACCCUGUCACGCUCUGCCUGGCCAGCCUGAACUGCAGCCUGGACCCACUUAUGUACUAUUUCACAACUCGUGAAUUCUGGAGGCGACUGAGCAAGCCAGAAAUACCAGAUAGCAUGAUUUUUAGCAGGCGCCUGUCCUGUAUAACUGGAGGACAGGACUUAGAGGAUGACUAGACUAGUCUCGUCUCUCUUGUUGAAGGACCAACAGUUUAAAAUUUACCACUAAACCCUGAAAUGAAGUCUAUGCAUUCCUAAAAAAAUAGGGAAAUAUAAUUCAUGUGAAAAUAGGAUGUGAAAAUAUGGGACCAAGUUUCAAAAUGUGAAUUUGUUCUAUUUAUAUUUCAAUAAAAGGUGUGUCUUAAAAUUUG